UUUGACUUCGAGUUCUUACAAUACAGUCAACAAUCUCGCAUUUAGUUUGCUUUAAAUCGUGGAGAAUGGCACAACGUUUGAUAUUUUUGUUCAUUUUGUGUGGACAACUUCUGUAUUCAGUGAAUUGUUCGGCUCCCAUCCAAAGUAGCACCAAUGUUGCGCCAUUUCUCACCUAUCUUUGUGAUGAUGAUUUAUUGAAAAGCGCGGUCAACAAGGUGGAGCAACUGAGCCUCAAGUUAGAAAAUUAUAAUCUACGCAUGCAAAAAGAACUAAUGGCAAUGAAGGAGCAACUUCUACGUGAUUUCAAAACGAAUCUUGAGUUAUUUAAUUCUAAAACUACAGCUAAGUGCAAUGAAGAAUGCAAAAAUUUUGAAGCAGCGUCCCCUGCAACCAAGAAGCCCUCAUCCUGUACUGAAGCUAUGCGCCGGGCAAACGGCAAAUUUGCAGCGAGCGGCGUUUAUGAAAUACACUUGCCACAAUUCCUACAUCACGCUUUCCAAGUGUAUUGCCUUCGAGAUCCCGCUGGCGGCCAACCAUGGACCAUAAUUCAACGUCGACAAAGCAACGACACCGAUUUCUAUCGUGGUUGGAUUGAGUAUGAACGCGGCUUCGGCGAUUUGAAUGCAAAUUUCUUCCUCGGCUUGGAUAAAAUACAUGCGCUGACUCAUUCGCAAACACAUGAGCUUUGGUUUCUAUUAGAGGAUUUUCAAAAUGAGAAACGUGUUGCUAACUAUGACAGUUUCGCCAUUGGCAAUGCACAGGAAAAAUAUGAGUUGAGCAUUCUUGGGAAAUAUUCAGGCACAGCAGGUGAUUCGUUCUCAACGCACCGCGGCCAAAAAUUCACCACAAAAGAUCAUGAUAAUGAUAAAGACGGUGGAAAUUGUGCGUUGCAAUAUACGGGAGCUUGGUGGUAUAACGCAUGUCAUGCCAGCAACCUGAAUGGUCUAUAUUUUGGAGGAGAAUUUCCAAAAGAUCAGUAUGCCAAAGGUGUGGUGUGGGAAGCUUGGCGUGGUUACUAUUAUUCGCUCAAAUAUGUACAUAUGGCGAUAAGACCAAUGUAUUAUUACUGAAAUAAAUUUUCAGAUAAAUGAAACUAAAUAUUUUGCAAAUCUAUUGACUUCCUGUUUUUAUUCAAAAUACUGUACUAUCUAAGAAUAUAUUUAUAUAUAUUUCAAACAUUAACAUAUGUUACUUGGAUUACUUACUAAAUAUAUAAUGCAAAAAGGCGGUUAGUGUCAAGCGA